CGUGCAGGUUCUAAUGAUAUACCUACCUCUCAGUAGAUUAUGCCUUCGGUGUCGACGCUUACGAAGUCCAUGCUGAUAAAUUGAACGGCUCGUUGAAAAACAGGUGGUGGGCCAUGAGAUGGGUCUCCAGCACGUAGUCAUUCAACCUCCUCUUCUCUCUGGAUCGUUUGGCGGCCUCGUUAUUCUUACGACGUUUCUCCCAGUAGAGGGCGUCCUUUUUCUCCUCAGAGAAGCUGCACAGGGAGCACCGUCUGUGAUACCUGAUCCUUCACCUGGGAGGGAGCUGGGUGGGGCUGGUUACAGGUCUCGCCAGAGUGUGGAAACAGAGCAAGGAGGGGGAUGGCUAACACAGGGCUUUUUGAUUGAUGGCCAAACCAUAUCGUCUGACUACACACGCUAUGCCAUAUCCAUGGAUGAUAAUGAGGCAGGAUGCAGGUAGGCUUUCUCACGCACCUUUCAGCAGAGCUUCAGCCAGACGAGUUGCAUAACCAGUGUCCAUCGACGUCUGAGUUCCAUCAGCAUCAUGGCCAAGGAAAGCGCUGACUCUGGCCUCACAUGGGAGGUGAGAGCGAACGAUCGCCACUUCCACAAACAUAAACAGAAGAAAUCCUUCCUCUGCUUCCGCUGGGGACGAUAUGCAGACAAUGUGCUGCGCAGCCACAAGUACUCCCUGCUGACUUUCCUGCCCCUGACGCUGUUCGAACAGUUCCAGCGGGUUGCCAAUCUCUACUUUCUCCUAAUGUUGGUGUUGCAGUGUGUCCCUGCCAUCUCGUCCAUCCCCUGGUACAUCACCAUCAUCCCUCUGCUCACCGUUCUCUCUGUGAGAGGCCUUAAAGACCUUGCCAAUGACAUGGCAAGAAGACGCAGCGACUUGAGGAUUAACUCCCGACCCUGUGACAUACUCAUCUCCCAGAGGUUCAACACAGAGCAGUGGAAAGAUUUGAGUGUGGGGGAUGUACUGCUGAUCCACAAAGACCAAGUCAUCCCAGCUGACCUUCUGCUCCUGUGUAGUUCAGAGCCUCACAGUCUGUGCUAUGUGGAGACGGCAGACAUUGACGGAGAAACUAACCUCAAGUACCACCAGGCGCUCAGUGAAACGCACAACGAGCUGACCUCUCAUCCCUCAGAGGAGACACUCGCUGCCUUUGAUGGUGUGGUUCUCUGUGAGGAGCCUAAUAACCGCCUGUACACCUUCAGAGGGCAGCUGCACUGGAGAGGAGAGUGUUUUCUGUUGGACAACGAGCACAUCCUCCUGAGGGGAACAGUCCUACGCAAUACAGAGUUUGCCUAUGGCUUGACUAUAUACACUGGCGCAGACACCAAGAUCCUGAGGAACUGUGGGAAACUGAGAGUGAAGAGGACUCGAACAGAGAAAGUUUUCAACAAAGUUGUCUUGGGGAUAGUCCUGUCCGUGCUGCUGGCAGCACUGCUGCUUGCUAUCGGCAGUGGCGUGUUUUCAAGUGUGGUUAUGAGCCAGGGAAGCUUUCUGUCUGUAUUGGUGGUGAAUGGAAAUCCAGUCUACACAGGGUUCCUCAUCUUCUGGAGCUACAUCAUUCUGCUCAGCCCGGCCAUGCCCAUAGCGCUCUACAUCACGUUUGAAGUGAUCCACACAGUCCACAGUAAAUUUAUCGGUUGGGAUUUAGAAAUGUAUUGGCAGCAGGCAGACAAACCAGCCCAGGCCAGAAAUACCUCACUGAAUGAAGAGCUAGGCCAAGUGGGAUACCUGCUGAGUGACAAAACCGGGACACUUACACAGAACCGUCUGCUCUUCAGACAAUGCUGCGUAGCCGGGGAGAUCUAUGGUGAUGCAACAAUCAGGGCAGAGGACACAAAGCCCAUGGAUUUAAGCUGGAACCCUUUCUCCUGUGGUGGCUUGCACAUGUCUGCCCCGGGCUUGGUGGAGAAGCUUAGAGGACAGCAGUGUGCUUUCAGCCAACACUUUCUCACAGCGCUGUCUGUAUGUCACACCGUCAUGGCAGAGUGGAAGGAAGAGGGUCCGGUUUACCAGGCUGCGUCCCCAGAUGAAGAGGCUCUCGUCGGUGCUGCCAGGGAGCUGGGCUGGGUCUUUCUUUCCAGGACAAGAGACUUUAUUGUUGUCUCUGAGCUUGGUUUCACUCGGCAGUAUCAGUUGCUGGCAUUGCUGGAUUUCACAAGCAAGAGGAGACGCAUGUCUGUACUUGUGCGGGAGCCGGAGGGUGGGUUAAAGCUGUACUGUAAAGGGGCGGAUAUAGUGAUCUUGGAGAGACUGCAGAAGGACUGUCCAUAUCAGGAAAGAACUGAAAGAGCUUUGGAGCUGUUUGCCCAGGCCUGUCUGAGGACCUUAUGUGUUACGGUUCGAUCUGUUCCUGAGGCAUCAUGGGAGCAGUGGAGUAAAAUCUUGGCCGAGUCUGCUGCCAUGACAACCGGUGACCGUGACGCACUGCUAGAAAAGCUGUACGAUCAGAUGGAGAGAGAGCUGCAGCUUCUGGGAGUGACAGCCAUAGAAGACCGGCUUCAAGAAGGCGUUCCAGAAACUAUAGCUCUGGUUCAGCAGGCUGGAAUUAAAGUAUGGGUUCUAACUGGGGACAAAAAAGAGACUGCAGUGAAUAUUGGAUAUUCUUGCAAACUCCUGCAUCCUGAUACUAAAUUACUGGAAUGGCAGGAGCUGAGACAGAUACUCCAGUCCCCAGACCCAGGGGUCAGUUUCUUCAAGGCCAGACAGACCGAGCUGUGGGCUGUAGACAAGGAGACGACAGGAGUAAAGACUGCUGUGGUCCUCACUGGACCUGAGCUGGCGGAGUUUGACCAGAGACCAGAGUGGGGAGCCAUCUUCAUGCGCCUGGCAGAACAGUGUCAGUCCGUGCUUUGCUGCCGUGUGACUCCUGGUCAGAAAGCUGACAUUGUCACGCUGGUCAGGAAACACACCAGCUCAGUCACCAUGUCCAUCGGGGAUGGUGCUAAUGAUGUAAACAUGAUCAAGACAGCCCAUGUUGGCGUGGGAAUAGCUGGAGUAGAAGGAGGACAAGCGGUGCUGAACGCAGACUUUGCGUUGUCUCAGUUCAGAUUCCUGCAGAGACUGCUGCUGAUCCACGGCCGGUGGUCCUACAGGCGCAUCUCCUUCUUCUUGCGAUACUUCCUCUUUAAGACUUGUAGCUUUGCUCUUGUGCACAUAUGGUUUGGUUGCUUUAAUGGCUUCAGUGCUCAGUCUUUGUACGAGACAUGGUUCAUCGCCUUCUACACUGUCUUUUACACAGCUGCUCCCAUUAUGUGUUUGGCUUUCUUUGAACAGGAUGUAAGUGCUGAGAGCAGCCUUAAAUGGCCGGAGCUGUACAGGUCUGGACAGAAACAGGAGCUCUCCAGCCCUCUCAUGCUUUUCUUGUCACUGCUGUAUGCCGUCUAUGCAUCGCUAGUUCUCUUCUUCAUCCCGUUUGGAGUCGUCUGUAACACAGCCUAUGACCUCCAGACCAUGGCCAUCACUGUCGCCAUGUCGGCCAUGUUUACUGCCAACAUUGAGGUUGUGCUGCUCACCAGAUACUGGACCAAGUUCAAUAUUGCUGCUGUGUGCAUCUCUGUUCUGUUAUUCUUCAUCUGUUCAAAGAUCACACAGAGCCGCCGCCUGUUUGAGAAAGCACCCAGCGACUAUUUCUUUAUCGGUGUGUCUGAUGAAGCCUUCAUUGAUCCCGUUGUGUGGCUCACAGCUCUGCUCACCGCCUGGACGGCUGUUCUGCCCUCAUUCACUGCACUGGCUCUCAGUGUCAUUCUCACUGGCCAUGACAAACACAAGGUCCACAGUAUGUCUCGUCCACCAGUGGAGCUCAGGUCACAGCUGACAAGGAAUACAUCUCUUCGCCGCUCCUCUUACGCCCUCUCUCAGGGAGCUGGGCCCGGACGCCUCAUCUCUUCAGGGACCUGCAUCCGCAGCACAGUCCCGACGGUGGAUGAGAUCGUGACUGCAAGUAACAAACCCUCUGACUCACAGUGCCAAAUUCAUAUCAUGGACACUAAUGUACCCCAAAAUGACAUGUGAAUGCUUUCUGUUAGAUUUCAUGUUCUGACAUGUGGUGAUAUAGAUUUUUCACUGCAGCAUAGCAAUGAUUCAAGACUCAUGUCUGUACUUUGAGCAUGUUCAUUUCAGUGCCUGAAUUCAUGAUUUUAUAAAAAUUGCAUAAUGAACUAUAAAUCUUUUUCAUCUUUUUAUAGACAGUUUACCUCUGCAGACAAAGCUGUGAUCUUUGUUGUUUCAGACUGUUGUGGUAAAAAUCAAAUCAAAUUUUCUUUCUAAUUUGACAUAAUUUUCAUGUUUAUGCUAGUGUUCUGUUAGUUUUAUGAUGUUGGAGUUACAUUGCUGGCUGAGUUUUUCAUGGGUUCCUCUGUUGUUGGGGUUUUGUCUUUCUUGUGAUGUUCUGCCGUUUGUGUUUGAUGCUUUGUCGUAACUGUGAUUCUGCUUAUUGUCAAAGCACUUUGUAAACCUCUGUUUUUAAAGGUACUAUACAAAUUAAUUUUAUUAUUAUUAGUAUUACGUUCAUGGGGGGUUUUCUUUGAAGCUCAAACCUAACACAAUAAACC